UCGAAGACCAGCAUAAUCACAAACUUGUAAAGAAUAUUACUACUCUUGCAUCCAGUUAUAGAAGAUUCACCUCAGAAAUGUGUGAUGAUAUAAAAUUGCUUGCAGCGUGUGGUGUGCGUCCUAGUACGAUUGUUGAAAUUUUACAAUAUAAAAAUACAGAAAAAUAUAUCCACGACAAAAAUGUUUAUAAUUUGUUUAGUUCUAUUCGUCGCCAUUAA